UCAAAUUCAGUCCAAAUGAAAAUACGCUUAUGACGUAACAUAACUAGGAAUUUCAUUUUCUUACAGUUUGUUGAGUUGUGUAGUUGACAAUUAAAUGAAAUAACAAUAAAAAAUUGUAAACGUAUAGACCUAUCUUGUCAGUAACGUGAUUGUGAAAGACUAGUGAAUCAUGUGUCAUUAAUAAGUGAAUGAAAAGUUUUUGUAAUGGAUUAGUAUGAUGUGCAAUGUAUUCCAUGCAUCGAUAGAUUAGUAUGGUCGGAAUCGAUCUUUUUGUAUCAAAAUAUCCCAUAUUUAUGAAAGAAGGUAUCACCCAUUUAUGAUGAUAUUCCUCCUGAAAGAUUCAAUAAAACAAUUCCAUUAGAUCAGGAGUCAAACUAGGUUAGAUCAGAAAUGGAUAUGGAUACAGGUGUUAUUAUGCGAAAUAAGAAAGAUUCGAAGAGAAUACGUCAAUGCAGAGUUGUUUUCAGCUACAAACAAGAUCAUGAAGAUGAGCUGAACUUGAAUGUGGGUGAUAUUAUAGAAAUAUUGGGGGAGGAAGAAGAGGGAUGGUGGAGAGGGGUUUUGAAUGGGAAAAUAGGCGUUUUUCCUUCGAAUUUCGUUGAGGAAAUUCACGCGGAUAAGUUGAAGAGUAGCAGAGAAGAUUUGAAUGUUUCCAGUGAAGGAGAUACAAGUUUCACAUCUCCCCUGAAGCUUGCCAAAAUUCUCUGUGAAGUUAAGUAUUCCUACAAGGCACAAAACGAAGAUGAACUGAGUCUCAGGGAAGGGGAUGUCAUAACGUUACUCAGCAAAGACGGCCAAGACCCUGGUUGGUGGAAGGGUGAACUCAACGGUGUUGUUGGUGUUUUCCCGGAUAAUUUCGUUGUAAUCCUACCGCAUAAUCACGAGAAAGGCACUUCCGACAAAUCCCCAGUGCACGAUCCCCACGCCAUCAAACCCAGUUCGAUAGCUUCACAACGAAAAAGUUUAGAUAACAAGUUACAGAAUCAUAGUGAUAAAGCAGACAGUUUAGCACAAGGUGAUACCAAAUCGACUCCACCUUCGGUACCUACCAAGAAACCAUCAAUUGCUGUUAAAAAGUCACCGAGUUCCGGUUCAAGUGGGGGUCUAUUCUCUGGAUUCAAGAAAAAAAUCGUGGAUGUAGUGGAUGGAGCUACAUCUAGUAAAUCGUCUUUUACCCCACCAAAAGGUGAAAGUGAAAAUAGUGAAAAUGUUUUUGACCAAGUGGAGAGGAUUUCAAUGUUGACUGAUGUGCGGGCAACAAGACCUAAAGCUCCUGCGGGCAGACGGCCGCCCAGCAUGGUGUUCAAGGAUGAAGAACCGACCCUACCCAACGGGAACGCGCCCGUCGAACCCCUCAACCUGGAUAUGGUGUCCGAGAUGGCGACGUCUACGUCCUCGGACACCGACGCCUCCGAGGUAAAGCCGAAGCUGCGAGAGUGGGAGAAGCACAAGGCGCCCUGGCUUGCCGAGAUGAAGCUGAACCAGGCCAAGCGGACGUCCCCGUCGCCCGGUACGUCAGAGAACCGCCCAAAGUUCGCCAACAGCGACGAGGACCAGAAGCCGUCGGAAAUGUCAAAGAGCAUGACGUCCAUAACCUCGACGCCUCCCACCUCCAAGGUCAGAGACGUGGACAAGACGCCGCUGAGGCCGAAACCUAACGUCGUAUCGCCGAGUCAGCGACCGGCAACCUCGCCGGUGACUCCUUCGCCUGAAUGCGCCCAAAAACCUACCACGCCCACCCACGUCAAAGCCUCGCCGCCCGUCCCCAAGGUCCUUCCGUCUCCCGCCAAAACGGCGACCAACGACGUGAAAACCAUAGAUCAGGACGUGACCAUAACCUUCAAACAGUACACGGACCUGGUGGAGAGGAUCCACAAGCUGGAACUGCUGGUGGAGAAACAGAACGUCAUCCACAUGACGGCAAUAGACGAGCUGAAGGGGAAGCUGCAGCUGGAGACCGAGCUGAGGCACAUGCUUCAGGGUUCGAGAGAGAGCUCCAGCGAAACAAGAGGAACCAGACACCGAAGAGUGCCCUGGGAAGGAGGAUAUAUCAGUCUUCACAUUUAUAACAUUCUGUUCAUAGUUGCCACUCUUUUAGGUUUCGUUAUAUCAUUUCUCAUUUAUUACUGGGUAGACUACCACCGCGGGGGGUUCUCCCUGGACAAGGUAUGGACGUCGAUCAAUUGGCAUCCCUUGCUGAUGUUCGUCGGUCCGGUCUUCAUGUACGCCCAAGCUAUUCUGUUCGACCAAACCGGUAGGAACCUGCCGAAAUGGUGCGGGACCUACAUGCCGAACAGCGACAUCUUCUGGUUCGCCCUGAUCCUCAAGAUCGUCUGCCUCAUCGCGGUGGGGUUAGGUUUACAGGUGGUCGUGGACUAUAACAACCUCUCCGACCCGCCCAAAACUCACGUGUACUCCCUUCACUCCUGGAUCGGGAUCUGCGCCAUCUUCUUGUCGUGCCUGGAUGUCCUGGCGGAUCUAAAAUGGUUCUUUCUGGACGCCGUGUCGGAUCUGAACAGGGACGUACUGGUUGUGCUUUCGUGGAUGUUGAGCACGAUGACGUUCUUGGCGUCCGUCAACGCUUCCAUCACGGGGUUUAUGAUUGACGCUGUCGGGUUGUACGGGGCGGAGUAUAGGGAUUUGCCGCCCGGCGCCAUUUUGGUGAACGUGGUCGGUUUGUUGGUCGUCGUGUUCGCGGUUGUAAUUCUGCAUAUGUCUAGGAAGAUGCGGGAGGUUGGGAAUCUUUCGGGCGAUCCUGAAAACGCGGUUGUUAUUGUUGAAGGCCUUUAGUAUACAUUCCAGAUUGUUUUCUGUAUAUUUCGUGGUUGUAAAUACGUUUAUGUUUAAGGUGGAUUAUUUAUGUUUCGAUAUUUGCGAUGGAGAUUUGUUGGGAUCGUAAUUGGGUGAACCUCCUUCAGAAAUACUCUGAAAAUCUGAAGAUUCAGUUGAUUCUUCGUCUCCGGUAGUCAAUUAACCUUAAAUUAUGAUUUUUUUUAGGAAAGAUUAUUGAUAAAUAUUUAUUCGUAUAUAUAGAGUAAGUGUUGAAACAGUUACAAUGAAUUAUAUUCAUAAAUGAUAGUGAUAAAGAGCUGGGUUUAUUGCUCUUGGGCGAUCGGCUGGGUUGCAGCGUUCGCAUUGUAUAUAUCUCUAAGAGAUAAGCUUUUACCUAUAUAUUUUACAACAUUCCAGAUGUAUAUAACUAUUCAAUGAAAUAAUGUACUUAGAGAGCGUUGUUGAUUUAUAACAAUUAAUAUAAUUAUAUAUUUUGA